GCUGGCUGGAGAGUAAUGUUACAGAGCGGAGAGAGUGAGGAGGCUGCGUCUGGCUCCCGCUCUCACAGCCAUUGCAGUACAUUGAGCUCCAUAGAGACAGCGCCGGGGCAAGCGAGAGCCGGACGGGCACUGGGCGACUCUGUGCCUCGCGGAGGAAAAUCAACUAAACAUGGGCAAAGGAGAUCCUAAGAAGCCGAGAGGCAAAAUGUCCUCAUAUGCAUUCUUUGUGCAAACCUGCCGGGAGGAGCACAAGAAGAAGCACCCGGAUGCUUCUGUCAACUUCUCAGAGUUCUCCAAGAAGUGCUCAGAGAGGUGGAAGACCAUGUCUGCUAAAGAAAAGGGGAAAUUUGAAGAUAUGGCAAAGGCUGACAAGGCUCGUUAUGAAAGAGAAAUGAAAACCUACAUCCCCCCCAAAGGGGAGACCAAAAAGAAGUUCAAGGACCCCAAUGCCCCCAAGAGGCCUCCUUCGGCCUUCUUCUUGUUCUGUUCUGAGUACCGCCCAAAAAUCAAAGGCGAGCAUCCUGGCUUAUCCAUUGGUGAUGUUGCGAAGAAACUAGGAGAGAUGUGGAACAACACUGCUGCGGAUGACAAGCAGCCCUAUGAAAAGAAGGCCGCCAAGCUGAAGGAGAAGUAUGAGAAGGAUAUUGCUGCCUACAGAGCUAAAGGAAAACCUGAUGCAGCGAAAAAGGGGGUGGUCAAGGCUGAGAAGAGCAAGAAAAAGAAGGAAGAGGAAGACGACGAGGAGGAUGAAGAGGAUGAGGAAGAGGAGGAAGAGGAGGAAGACGAAGAUGAAGAAGAAGAUGAUGAUGAUGAAUAAGUUGGUUCUAGCGCAGUUUUUUUUUCUUGUCUAUAAAGCAUUUAACCCCCCUGUACACAACUCACUCCUUUUAAAGAAAAAAAUUGAAAUGUAAGGCUGUGUAAGAUUUGUUUUUAAACUGUACAGUGUCUUUUUUUGUAUAGUUAACACACUACCGAAUGUGUCUUUAGCUAGCCCUGUCCUGGUGGUAUUUUCAAUAGCCACUAACCUUGCCUGGUACAGUCUGGGGGUUGUAAAUUGGCAUGGAAAUUAAAGCAGGUUCUUGUUGGUGCACAGCACAAAUUAGUUAUAUAUGGGGACAGUAGUUUGGUUUUUGGUUUCUUUUUUUUUUUUUUUUUUGUUUUUGUUUUUUUUCCUUUUGUUUUUUUUUUCCAUCUUCAGUUGUCUCUGAUGCAGCUUAUACGAAGGUAAUUGUUGUUCUGUUAACUGAAUACCACUCUGUAAUUGCAAAAAAAUGGCGGCUGUUUUGUUGACAUUCUGAAUGCUUCUAAGUAAAUACAAUUUUUUUUAUUAGUACUGUUGUCCUUUUCAUAGGUCUGAAAGUUUUCUUCUCAAGGGGAAGCUAGUCUUUUGCUUUUGCCCAUUUUGGGUCACAUGGAUUAUUAGUGUGUAUCUUCAUAUAGUUGGAAAAAUCUUUUGUCCACACACCCUGCAUAUUGUGGUAGGGGUAACAUUUUCAUCUACAGUUGAAGAAUUCUCCAAAAUUGUGAUCAGUUGGAUAAGAGAUACUCUACUUAGCAAAGCAAGGAGUGAUCAAUUCUGUCACACCAUGGGAUUAUUAGAUCAAACAGUCUGAAAGUCUGUCCUUGAAGGACUAAUAGAAAAGUAUGUUCUGCUCCUUACCUGAGGACUCCUUUAACUGCCAUUACUGUGUAAUGACAGUUAUAUUUUGCAGUUUCCCCUACUAAAGACCUGAGAAUGUAUCCCCAAAAGCGUGAGCUUAAAAUACAAGAUUGCUGUACUAUUUGUUGACCUUAGUCCCAGCGAAGGCUAUCAUGAGAAGCUGGCUGUAAUGCCUUUGCCCUUCUAUCUAAAUACGGAUUGCUCAGGAAACUUGACUGUUUAAAGGUAUAUUUAAUUAGUUGAGCCAGCUUUUAAAAUUAUGCCACAUUUAAAAUGAAGGGUAUAUUUUCCUAUAUUGUGGUUUGUCCCUUUAUAAAUCAGAUACAAGGAAAGCGGAUAAACUUUGCAUAUUAGUACCAGUUGUCCAAGCCAUUUGCUUUUUCUUUAUAAAGCCCGAACUCAUUCAUUAAUCAUGUUUAAUCUGCUUAGUUUAGGGAACAAUUUGGCAAUUUUGUGGGUUUUCUUUUUUUCUUUUUCUUUUUUUUUUUUUUUUUGAGAUUAUCAUUCUCUUAAAGUGCCAGUGUUUUAAAAUAGCGUUCUUGUAAUUUUCCGCGCUUUUGUGAUGGAGUGCUGUUAUAUCAUUUUGACUUGGGUUCUUUACAGUUGCCUUUGUUCUGUAAUUUGAGGAGGAAUACUGAACAUGAGUCCUGGAUGAUACUAAUAAACUAAUAAUUGCAGAGGUUUUAAAUAUUAGUUAAAUGACUUUCACUGAAGAAUAAGCUUUUUGUCACACUUUAUAGUAGUGCCUUAGAGUAAACAACUUAAAGGCUUUUCCCCAUUAACAACACUUGGUGCUGGGCCCAGUGAGGGAGAGAGUGGGUAAAAAGUGGGUAGAAAGGUGGAAGGAGGGGACCAGCUUCCAAAAUGGUUUGACCACACAAUCCCUACAUUUGUGUACACACAAUACAUUUAAAAAUAUGAGGAGCCAAGAUCAGAAGGUUAAGGUUAAUUUAAAACUUGGCACAGUAAGUGAGAAGUGAGGUUGGUCUCAGAUUGCACAUCAGUUCUCUUAAGCCCUGGGAGGACCUCGGCAGGCUGUAGUGUUCCUGAUUACCAACUUAGGAACAAGUGACUGACUUGGACUGUUGCUUUAGAACUACCAUUGUGGACAUCUGUUGUUAGUAAGUGAUCCAUUUAAAAGUGAACUCUGCCUCCAGGAAACGGCUUUGUAACUCUAGUGGGUGUGUCGUGACAGCUACCCUUCUAAAGAUGUUAAGAGUGGGAACGGUUUGCCUUGCUUAACCAACUUUAGAUGUUCAAGAAAUGGAACAAAAAAAAAAAAACCCUCUUAAAUUAGAGAAGUUCUGUUCAGCAUCUAAGCAGUAUCCUCUGGAACUAACUCUGUGGAUUGACUCUUAAAUUUGAAAUUUACAGGUUUUGGUGUUAGGUUCAUAAGGGUCUUGUAGCCCAGGCUUUCCUGAAGCUCACUACGUAGUAGGUUGGAUCCUGCCUCUGUCAAGUGCUGUGAUUAUUGGUAUGUGUCACCAUGCUUGCUAGUAUUUCUGUUUUAAAAGUGACACUUGCGGGGCUGGGGAUUUAGCUCAGUGGUAGAGCGCUUACCUAGGAAGCGCAAGGCCCUGGGUUCGGUCCCCAGCUCCGAAAAGAACCCCCCCCCAAAAAAAAAGUGACACUUGCCACUAUUUCUGAUAAUCAUUUCUUACCCCCUAGAUGUAUGCCUGAAUGUCCAUCCACAGAAGAAGUGAGAAAGUUACUGUCUUCCCCACCCCUAACAUUUCAUUUCCUAACUUGUGAAUUAAAGAAAGAACUUGGCUGGCCUCAAA